AUGCCACCAAAGCAAUCCGGAGCUCGUGGUCGCGGCCAACAGGCUGCCGCCGGCACAACCACCUCCUCUCGAGAGAAAGUUUCUGCUGGCCGUAAACGCACUGCUUCCUCCUCGGGCCCUGCUACUGCUGCAACGGGGAGGAAGAAUCAGGCGGUCAAACGGACACAGGCGCGAAAGCAGAGAGAGGAUGUUGACUAUGCUGUCUCGGACGUGGAGGUGGUGGAUCUGGAUGAAGAUGAAGACGAAGAAAAUAUGGAAGUUGAUGGUGGCGAUAACAGCGAGGACGAAGAGGAGGCCGAGGAGGACGAUGAGGACAAUGAGGACCUGGAGAGGGAGACUAUCCCCCCGGACUUGUUGACGAGGAUUUUGUACGAAUUCUUUGAGCGGGAGGAUACCAGAAUCACGAAGGACGCGAAUGCUGCCGUCGCGAAGUAUGUCGAUGUCUUUGUGAGAGAAGCGAUCGCGAGGGCCGCGGCGGAGAGGGGACGGGAUGGAAGCUUCCUGGAGGUCGAGGAACUGGAAAAGAUCGCGCCGCAGUUGUUGAUGGAUCUGUGA